UGGAAGUGUUGACGCAAGCGGGUGUGUCGUUCAAAGCUCAAUGGUGCGACUGCCUGUACUUCCGGAGAACGUCAACCUUUCACGAACAGCAAGAAUAAGAAAAAUUAUGAAAGGGUUGCUUGUCUGUCUCUAUUGACUGAUAAUUAUACAAUAUUUAUAUUUGAUAGAAUUAAAUACACUCGAACACUUAGGUGAAUCGCAAGAAGCGGCCGAAUCAACAGCAGGAGUACCACAGCUAAAGUCUCCUAUCUCUUCCCUGUUCCGACCCCGAUGUCGAGCACAUCGGCCAGCCACCACAGUGAGUGGUAGAGGGGGGGCGAAGGGGCAGCCAGCGGCCCUGUGCCAGUGACGGGCUGUGGUGGGCACGGCCCGAGGCCUCUAACUGGAUCCCUCGAAGCAGCAGCAGCCGCCCGGCGGUUCCCGCAGUGCCAUGGACCAUCCAAAAGAGGGUGAGCGGCCGGCGAGGAGCAGCAAGGUGGCACAGGGGCGCAGCGGGCACUCCAGACCCUCCAGCUCCUCAGCCUCCUCCGGGGUUCUCAUGGUGGGACCUAACUUCCGCGUGGGCAAGAAGAUCGGCUGCGGCAACUUCGGAGAACUGAAGCUCGGUAAAAACCUCUACACCAAUGAGUAUGUAGCUAUUAAACUGGUAAGUACUCUCUCCUGAAAAAAAAUGCACUGAACAAAAAUAUAAACACAACAUGUGUUGGUUUCAUGAGCUGAAAUAAAAGAUCACUG